AUGGUGUCCUUAGACGAGAAAGAAGGCCCCAGUCCUAAAAUAGGUCCUGACCACCAGGCAGAAAUUUGUUCAGAUUUAGACCAGCUUUCACUUCAAAUCAAUCCUGCUUAUUUAGAAGAACAUGUGUAUGAUGAAUCACUUUCUCCUUCAAUUUGUUUGCCCAUCUCAGUCACAUGGAGUGAAGCUGAUGCAGAAAGUUUCGUACUUGGUUUGUUUAUUUUUGGGAAGAAUUUUACUCUGAUAAGAAUACUCUUAGAGAACAAAGGGAUGGGAGAAAUACUCUCAUUUUACUAUGGAAACUUUUACAAAUCGGAUGGAUAUCAUAGAUGGUCGGAGUGCAGGAAGUUAAAAGGGAGAAAGCAUAUCAUAGCAAAGAGACUUUCUACCAAAAUGAGGCAACAUAAACUAUUGUCUCGCUUGAAUCCUCGUGUCUCUAAAGAAUCACAAGACACAUUGUCUCAGGUUUCUAUGUCAUAUAUGAAGGGAAGAACUUCUCUAGAAAAAUACAUAUCUUCUAUGAAGUCUAUUGUUGGACUUGGCGUUCUUGCAGAAGCAGUAGGUAUUGGUAAGGAGAACGGAGUCAUUACUCGGUUUGAUUUGGAACCUAAGAAGAACAGUUGUGAGGAGUUUUCAGCACCAGGUUGCAAAGCUUUGUCUUCUCUUGGACCGGGUGAUAUAAUACGAUCUUUGACAGGAGGAUGUCGGCUGAACAGAACCAGAAGUAAUGAGCUUUUCUGGGAAGCUGUUUGGCCCCGCUUACUGGCAAGAGGUUGGCACUCUGAGCAACCAAAGUAUCAAGAUUAUCUAUUUUUUCUUAUUCCCGGUGUGGAGAAGUUUUCCUGGAGAAAACAUUUGAAAGGACAACAUUACUUUGAUUCUGUUAAGGAUGUCUUGAGCAAAGUAGCAGCUGAACCAAGUAUUAUUGUGCUUGAAGAAGAAGAAGUUGAAGAAGGAGGAUCAAACGAAGAUGAUUUCUCUGACGAUCAUCAUCAAUGUUACCUCAAGCCUCGAUCUUCUACUUACAAUAAAGAUCAUACAAGUUUGGCGCAUAGCGAAAAACCAUCAGAUUUAAGGGAAUUGAAAUAUGUUCCGUCUAAUAAAGUGCAUACAGUUGAGGUAGAUGUUGAUAGUAAAAGAUAUAAAGGGCACACAUAUAACAGGAGACUAAACCAUAGCACGGAUAUGUUUAAAAGCAUUACACAGAGGUCAACAAAGUUAUCAGUUAUUGAUACCAAUGGACUUCCUAAAAGAAAACUAUUGAAGGUGAAACAAAAGAGAUAUCCGCCUGUUGAAUUGAAAGAUGCUUCUACAAUGACUACCGGUCUUCUAAGCAAAAGUAAUGGUGGCUCUUCAAUUGAUGAUUCAACAAGGAUGGUGGUAUCUAAGAUUCGGAUAUAUGGCAGAAAGAAAACUGAUAGUUGCAUCGGUGUAUCUAACAGUAGAGUCUUCAAUAAAAAAGAACCACAUGAUAAUGAUUCAAACAAGAUGGUUGAAAGCCAUAAAUAUCAACGCGUCUGCAUGUUUGAUGAUAGUCAAGUGAAGAGGAUCAUAAAGCAUCACCAGUUCAACUGGAGAGUAAGAUCAGGCGAUUCUAAUCAUGACACCGUUCCUACUAAAAGGAGGAGAUUGACUGCUUGUGUCAAGGCAGAGAAUAACCACAUCGUUCAGAAUUUUUCAGGAGGUUUGGGAUCGGCUAAAUUAAGAUUCUCUUGUUCUUCUAGCUUCCUAGAUGCCAACCGAAAUGUUUGUGAUCCAAUUUUCCACCAGCAGAAUGGAAGUUCAACUGCUUCAACAGAAGACAGAAGUGUGGAAGAGAAUAAUAAAAAAAGCAGUGGCAAUGAAAGUUUUCAAUGCAUGAGUGUUGAAAUUGAGGAGCCUCUGAGAAGACCUUGUGAUGAACAACAGGCUGAUAUAAAUCCCAGGAGAGAGAGCAGUAGAAACAGCAAAACGACAGUGAAAGCAUUGGAAUCUAUAACAUAUAGAUUCUGGCAAAGCAAGAAUGACAUCCAGACACACACACCUAUUUUCAAUCCUUCCCGCAAGGCUCGUACAAGAGGCAAAACAAAGCCGCGUCGUCACUUUUUAGAUCAUUGGAAUGCAGUUUCAGUACAAGAAGAAAAGCACUUGAAGGUAUAUGGCAGUGCUAGCUAA